UCCACCUCACAAUUUACAGAUUCUUCCAGAGAAGAGAAUAAAAAGAAACCGGUUUUGGAAAGACUUGGAAAUUUAUUUAGUACAGGGAAAAGGAAAAAUGUCAAAAGUUCACUAGAACACACUUCACAUCGGAAAGGGGAGAGUUCAGUUUCUCCUCACAGAGCGCAGCCGAUAUACUGUAGGCACAUAAAGGAAGGAUACGAAGCUCCUCAAGUACAGAAGCAAGUGAGAAACGUAAGUGCUGUUUCGGAGACGCAGGAAUAUAAUUUCAGCGGGGACAUAGGACCGCUGUAUCGCGAUACCAUUUCAGAAUGGAGUAGUAGGGGAGUCUCUUCUGACAGUGAGUGGUCAGCAGAUUGGAGCGGCAGCAGUGAAACCAUUAAAAACUCUUUCUUUGAGAGUAGCCUGAAUGUGGAAACCGUGGAACUGGAGAAAGAACCCAUCACAGAUAUAAAUAAUUCCACAACUCCAGAUUUCAUAAAAAGCUUGAGAAAUUUGUCUAGUGAAGACUUAGAAAAGAGUAUCUUAAGCCACAAACAACUCGUGAACACGUGGGUGUCUGAGGAGCCUGGGCAUGCAAAACCAAAGGAUUUGCCACACGAAUUGGAAUCUGCAACGAGUGAACAUACACAUUCUGCUAGAGUGUUGACUGUUGAUAUCUAUCUAAGAAAAACAGACGAACUCCUUGAUGAACCUGUGACUGUUAUAUCAGAAGAAAAUUGUAGUGACUCGGACGCAAUGGAUAAAAAAUCUGCUAAUAAAAGGUCUGGGAAAAGGAGAAAAUCUCAGUCAUCUGGUGACAUUCCAAAUGGAGAGAGAAACCAGACUGAGACUACUGCAAGAGAAGAAUCAGUUUUUGAGGAUGAUGUCCCUUCUGAGGUGUUUUCGGACAAGAUAAUAAACUCUGAAAGAAAAGCAAAGUCUCCUCAACAGACUCCUGAAAGGAAUUCCUCUGCCCCAGGUAACAAUCAGGACCUAAAAGUUGGAUCUGCUCACAAAGGGGCAUCUAAAACUGAAGCUGACAAAGGCAAGCAGCAGAUCUCAAAUGCAACCCCUGCAAGAAGAAGGUCGUAUAAAAAGAAUCAGUCGGACACUGUCCCCAUUUCCCCUACUGGUUUGAAGGGUCAGGUAAAAGAUUACUCCUCAAAAAGGCAGCCUUUAGUGGCACCAGAGAGUAACCCAGUGACAAAAAGAACUUCGGUGGAAAAGGGAACCAUACCUGUGGCUUUUGCGGAAGAUAGCUUGGAGUCUCCCAAAGUUUCUUUGACCACUAAGACAGAAGACACUGCCUUGGUGUUUGCUGAAGGCAGAAAUGAGACCAAGGCAGUAAAGCAUGGUAGUGGUUCGGAUGGAAGAGCUUUCUUGCGUACUGAUGGGAUUAAAAAUGGAGACCUGUGUAUGUCAGCUGAGAGACAGACAAAUUCUGAUUUAGACAGCUCGAAGCUGAAGAGUUUGGAUGCUUCCAGAACAGUCAUGACAAAGAUUAGCCUUCCAGCCAAACCGAAGAAUGUAGAGCUGAAUUUUAAAGCACCUACGAAUCAAGACGGUUUAGAAAGUGAGCAGGAUACUCUGGAAAAACCAGUUAAUAAAACUAACAGCAACAUUGCCAACAAAAUUUCCUUGUUUGAAAAUAAAUGCGCUAACCAGAGCCAGAGGCCUGCUGACAUCUCUGCUUCAAAAAAUAGUACUGUACCAAACACAUUUGUUGGCAGAGCAAAGCUGAAAUUUGGAAAACAACCUAAGGAAAGCGAACAGCCUGAUAAAACAUUAAAUAAGCAAAGCAGUCGCCAGAAGUUGUUUGAGAACGGCACACCAGAGAAAGAAAGCACUGCAGAAUUAAAAGACAAAAAUGGAGAAAGCUCUGCCUCUUAUGAGGAUAUUGGGAAGACAACAGAACUUAAAGUAAAAGCUGCAAUAUCCCUUUUUAACCAAAGUAGCAAAACUGAUGCUGGUAGUGUUUCUCUGAAGCAACCUGAUCCAGAAUUAGUCACAGCUAAAAAAGAAAGUUCACCUUUGAAACUGCCCUUACACUCGCCCAGUAAAAGUGAAAAUGCUCAAGAUAAUUCCUACCAAAGAAAUAACACAAGCUCAGAAUUCCACAGAAAUGAAGAAGAGAUACUGCCAAACACAGAGGUUUUAUCACCUUGUGAUGAUGAUAAAUGUCCUCCAGCAUCUCAUCAGGUUUCUAGAUCAGAAUUUAAGAUGGAAAAUGGAGAUAAAAAGGCAAAGCCAGGAGAUUUGAGCUUUGCAGCACUGCAGUAUGAUGACAGCAGUCAAGACAGCAUAUUGAUAUCAGAACACAACACCAAUACACCAAAGAGCCCAGGCAGAACCUGUAAUGGAUCUGCUGAAGAUGAUAGCGUUUUUGAUUCCCCAUCUGACAUGGAGAAGUUUGCUGAAACAAUAAAAAACUUAGACAGCUCGAUUUGUUUACCUCAGAAAAAGAAGAGGUCAAAGCUUCCCAAGUCCCCAGCACCCCACUUUGCAAUGCCUCCCAUUCAUGAAGACAACUUAGAGAAAGUAUUUGAUCCUAGUGUGUUUACUUUUGGUUUGGGACUGAGAAGGGAAAAAACACAGGAUCUGUUACCGGCCCAACAAAUUAAAAUGCAAAGCCUAGAAACGAUAGCCAGAGUCAGGCCCAAGCGUGCCUCAACCGAACAAAGUAUCAUAUUCAAAGCCCUGCAAUCAUGUAAUAAAGAGGAACCUGCCUUUACUCACGAAAUAAAUGGAAAAGAGAACAUUGAUGGUACCGAUGGUGAAAUUAAGAGAUCCCGGCUUGAAAAAAGCUCCCUCUUCUCAAGCUUGCUGUCUUCUACAUCUAAAGAAAAGUUUUUUAAUCCUUCUGUGACCUCAGUAAAUAACACCUCAACAACUUGUACAACUGACUCCUCAGGGUUGCCUUCUUUACAACAGGAUGCUUCUGGGCCAUUCAGCGCAUCUCAAAAAUCGGAGUCUCUUUCAGAUACGAAGUUUCCAAGUUUCAUGGAGAAGUACAUGCAAGCAGAUAGUGCAAAAAAAGAACUAAGUUUACAAAUGCCCAACUAUGGGAACCCUGAAAAAAGUUUUUCCAGCUGGUUAGGGGCAAGCAGAUAUGAAUCAAAUAUCCCCACUGGUUUAUUAGAUGUGGAUGCACUUUCAAGAAAUGGGCAAAGUAAAAUCAAUCCCAGACCUGGCAAGCUGGUGAUAUACUGUGAUUCAAACUAUCAAAAAAAUGGUAUUGAAGUUUUCCAUGAUGUUCUGGAUUGCAGUUCUUGGGUUCUAUCACCAACAAUUUUAGUGAAAGUCGUCAGAGGAUGCUGGAUACUCUAUGAGAAACCAAAUUUUGAAGGUCCCUCUAUUCCCAUGGAAGAAGGAGAGCUGGAACUCCCAGAUAUUUGGGGUACAGGUAGUUCUGAAGAACAAAAUGAAUGCAAAUCUCUAAAGCCUGCAGUGAUUGGUUCAAUAAGGCAUGUUGUUAAGGAUUACAGGGUUUGCCGAAUUGAUUUGUAUACAGAACCUGAAGGGUUAGGAAUCGUGACUUCCUUUUUUGACGACACUGAAGAAACAGGGGUGUUUGGCACCACUCAGAAGACUUGUUCUAUCAAAGUACACUGGGGCAU